UGAGAGGAAAGAGGGGGAAUGGAGAGGGAAAACAGUGUGGUGUGUGUGCUGAGGAUUCAAAGCUGGGUGGGUCUACAGUGUUUCACAUUCCCAAAUAACUCCCGGGCUGUGCGUUAAAGCGCUUUCAGUUUUCAGAAGGCCACGAUGUUGAUGCUGGCUGGAAUCGUUGUUCUGCACAUCACCACCAUCAUCCUGCUGCUGGUGGCCACCAUCGAUAAUGCCUGGUGGAUCACUGACACAGUGUCAGCUGACCUGUGGGGCAGGUGGGAGUUGACGGACACAGUCUGGCGUUACACCAACCUGAAAGACUACCCGGAGGAAUAUCUCCAGACGGUUCAGGCCACCUCAGUGCUGGCCUGUGUUUUUACCAUUCUGGCCUUGUUUGUGUUUGUGGCGCAGCUGUUCACCCUGCCCAAAGGCCAGAGGUUCACUUUCACUGGCAUUUUACAGCUAAUCGCCUGUCUGUGUAUAAUGAUAGCAGCCUCAAUCUACACGGCCCAGCUCCACGCCAACGACACACAGGGAGGAUACGGGCACUCCUAUGUCCUGGCCUGGAUUUCUUUUGUCCUAACCUUCCUCCUAGCAAUCACCUACCUCAUCCUGCGAAAGAAGAGCGAGUGAGAGGAGAAAAGGAAUGAGGGCAGGCCUGGGAUCAUAUUCCCAGCUUGUAUUUGGGGAAUGAAAGAAUAGGAUGCGUUUCACAAUUUGGAGGGACAAAAAAUGAAGACCGCUGAUGUACAUCUGCAGCCAGGGAAAAUGGGAAAAUAAUGCUCAAUUGCUAAGAGGAGCCAUUUGUUUAUAUUUUGAAUAUUGCAAGUUGAAAUAGAAAUCAUGCUUACAUGACAUAAAGGGCUGAACUGAAUAGGCAGUGUGGGUUAUGAAAUGGUGGUUUUCAUUAGGAGGGUGCAACCUCCACAAGUGCUUAUUUCACAGCAGUAUAACCAUACAGUUUUUAAUAAAUCAAUUAUUUCCAUUGUCUUUUAAAAGGUAGUUACAUAUAGAUUUGGAAAAUACCCAUUAGCACUGUAAAGGAAUAGUUCAACAUUUUGAAAAAUGUUAAAUUCUUUCAGAGAGUUAGAUGAGAAGAUCAGUGCUACUCAUAUCUGUGUGCUAAAUGUGAAGCUGAACCUGGGAGACAUUUAGCUUAGCUUUGCAUAAAGAUUGGAAACAGCUAACAAAUCUCUGCAGAGGUAAUAAAAUCCGCCUACAUACUAGCACCUCUAAAGAUCACUGGUAAACACAUUCACAAGACUCAAACAGGUACUUGAAAUCCUUUAAAGUAUGUGAAUUUUUAGGGGGAGGGGGGUGGGUAGGGGUUCAAGGCCUGGAGAGUUUUUGAUAUAGAAUAGACAUAAAUAGAUGGUGUCAUUGAAAUUACUUGAACUUAUGUUUUGUGCAAAGCUAGAAAUCGAAGUUCCUUUAAUACUUAUUGUGGGUAAAUAGCUUGUGUUCUGCGGCCUGCAGUUGUGUCAUUGUACAACGGUCACAUGCAUGCACUAGUGACUGAAGUGGAAUGAUGCAGGUUACAGCAAGAAAGUGAAAAAGAAAGCCAAGCAAACUUUCACGGAUGACUGGAAAAUACAAAUUCCAGGACUCAUGUUUACCAUGCUAAAAUGAAUGAGAUCUUCUCAUCCAACUCUCAACAAUAAAAAAAAGAAUUAGUUCCAAAAUAUUCCUUUAAGGACCAAACAAAGUUGACCACGUGGGAGGAGGAAAGAGGAAGCCAAAGUCCUUUUGAGAUGUAGUAGUUUGAAAUAUUCCUACUAGAUUUAAGUAUUUAUCAUCUUGUAUUAUCACGUUGUGAGGCUGACAGUUACUACUGCAGGUUUCAAGAGCUGAGGAGUGACAAAAUACUGUAACUGUGAAGGUACGGCAUGUUGGCAGAACUACAGCAUUCCUGCUGCAGUACUUGAACAAUCAGGAAAGACAAGCCUUAAUUUACAGUACAUGUAGUUUUAAUCGUCCAUCAUUAUUUUACAACUGAAGUAUAGUGUAUCCUGUUUUUAACCUAUGUACAUUGUAACCAUUAUAUUUUUGUAACAUUUUGUAUUGAGUGUUUUGUUUUAACCGUGUUUUAUUUUUUGUCUGUAGUUGGCUGCUAUCAUAAGAAAAGUACAUGCAAUUUGUACAAGUGAACAUAAAGUGAACCAGGGACGGAGGACAAUGGCGUUUCAUAUCACCAUAUUUCAUAACUAUGCAACAGAAGGUUUUGUUUGUAAUCGCCUUGGAAUUUAAGCCAUGUCAUUUAUUAAUAAAAACUAAUUAUCUCACAGA